UUCAAGGGCCACGAUAAUCAAAUUUUGGAUUUCGUUUUCUUGCGCGACAACAUCCACGUUGUGAGCGGUUCGUUGGACGGCAAGAUGCGCAAGUGGAACUACAACACAGGACUUCUUGUUGGGGAACCAUGGUCAGGCGAGGGCGGAGCGAUACAUGCACUGGCGCUUUCACCGGACGGGAAGACAAUUGCCUGCGGGAGGGAAGACGGAAGCGUUCAGCGGUGGGACACUGACGGAAAGAUGAUCAAGGGCGUUUGGACAGGUCAUAAGGAGUUGGUGCGGUCACUGUCGUGGUCUCCCAGCGGAGACCAUAUUGCAAGCGGAUCCGAGGAUGGAACAAUCCUGAUUCGAAAAGUAGUUGAAAGUGGAGAAAUAAAGGCAGGCCCAAUCGAGACGGGGCAGGGUGGUGUACUUGCACUUGCAUAUUCACCUUCAGGCGACAAAAUCGCAUCAGGCGGGAAGAACCAGACGAUUUGCAUUUGGGACUCGGAGACAGGCGAGCUCGUCGUUGAGCCCAUCGAAGACCUUGGGCACUAUGUGUGGUCUGUAGUGUGGUCGUUGGACAGCACCAAGCUGUAUGCCGCCUUGGGUCAUUCCGUAUGCGUUUUCGACAGUGACUCAGGCACAGAACUUCAUAGCUUCGGACACAUUCAUCCGCUAAUUUCCGUUGCGCUUUCACCCAAACACAAUGUACUGGCAUGCGUGGGCAUAAGAGGUAUUGCACGGCUAUGGGAUACAAAGUCCCAUCAACCACUCGGUCAGCCAUUUAAUCAGGAGGACGGGAUCCCAUUGUGUGUGGCAUUCUCCCCGGAUGGCAAGUACGUAGCAUAUGGAGGAACGGACAACACAAUCACUUUGUGGGUGGUAAAAGAGAUAGCUCCAGAGGUUCCAUCACCGCCCUCGUCUUGUCUUGAAGUUGACGCCACAAAUCCUUUUACACAAUCAGGCAGUGAUGAUUACGGUGGCUUUUUUCAGUCUUAUCACCCUUCGGCACCAUCUCGUCGUUUCCAGCAACCCCACGUAUCCUUCGCUCGCCGCUUCUUAAACAUUCCCAUCCCCUUUCGACGUCGUCCGACAGCAAGCGAGUCCAUUGCACUGCAUCAUCGCCCCAAACGCAGUUUCUUUGGACGCCGCUCGGGACCACAGCCUGUGACCGUCUCUGCCGCACAGAAAACAAAGAGGCGUUGGAUAGUGCGUCCCCCUGUGAAGACUAAUGCUCAGGCUGGUCAGUCGACCUCAGCGACAACACAGCCUGCAGUGCAGCCUCUUCUGGCGCAGGUGACGACUCAACCGCUUGCUCAAGAAGAUCAUGGUUGUUGGGGUAAUUUUUGCCUCGCACUCGGGUGCAUCCCACGUCGUCCUCUUCCCAUUCCCUCUGUUGCUCAGCCUGCUACAUUGUAAUAUCACAUUACCAAGCAUGUUUCGUUUAUUACCCUAUAUUUCAGUCUCAUGCGCUCCACUCUUCCUUGUUCGUGUCUAAUCACUAUUUUAUCUCCACGCACAUACAUCGGAUUUCUUGCUGUUAUCACUCACAUGCGCGUCUGGCUGGGGCUCCAUUUAAAUCAAACGAUAAGUGGAUUGUAUACGCUCUUUAUUCUGAGGUACUUGGGGCUAGAAAUAAUUUGACAGGAAACUUGUAAAUUCACGUUGGGGUUGCUGCGUGGU